AUGCAUGCAGCGGGAAUGUUAAUCUCAUCAAGCGCGCGGCUAAAUAGGCGGACAAGAUUCUGCCGUCAAGGAAUUAUUCCCACGGGCCGUGGAACUCAAUUACAUCGAGCCCUUCCCACUUCUACCCAACACACAACCAUCACAAUGAAGUCCUUAUCACCAGCCCUCGCGUCUCUCGCGAAUGUCUUCAAGAUCCCCAUGUCGAUGGCGCCGGUCCGCCCAUCAAUUUCCCGGGCGUGCCACGAGACCCUGAACCGCCAAACACAGCAGCCCGGCCCGGUCACAGCAGCCCUGCAAUCAGCGCCAUUCUCGACGACAAGCGCAAUGGCCGCGAGAAAGGGCAAAGGCCCGGUUGUUGAUAAGCGCAUUACUCUCAUCCGCUACUUCCUUCACCACCCUCUCACGCCCCGUCCUCUCCGCUUCUCCCGCAACCGUUACCUCCGACACUGGACCAUCCACCGCGCCUGGCAGUUGUUCCGGGCCCAGCAGCGCCGCAAGCACGAACUCGAGAUGAUGCGCCAGUAUCAGAGCAUGCAGGAUGCGUGUGAGGAGCUGCGCACUGGUGCGGGCGAUGGAGGAAAGCUGUUCCGUGUCUCGAUGAACAAGAAGGGUAUCUUCACUGAUAUGUUCCCUAUCGAGUAUGCUCGCAUGCAGACCGAUUCUCCUCCUUCUGAGGGAUGGAACUAUGACUGGAAGAGACCUGGACAGAAAUAG